AUUUCUUUGUUCUUCCUCUUUGAAUCCUUCCUUCUCUUGCAAAGAUGAAAGAUUCCAUGUCUGAACUCCAAACCCCUCCUUAAACCCAAUUCGAUGGCAAAGGCGUCGCCUUUCCUCGCGCGUCCGGCUUUUCUGCCUCUAUUGAUCCUGCUCGCUCUUGUUUCCGGCGGCGGCGGCGACGCCGGUGGGUCCUUGCGCGGCCUGCUCCGCAGCUACGGCCUCCCCGCCGGGCUCCUCCCCAAGGCUGUCGAUUCCUUCGACCUGGACGCUGCCUCUGGCCUCCUCGAGGUCCGGCUCCGCGGCGCCUGCUACGCCCGCUACGGCGGCGGCGGCGGAGACCUCGCCUACUUCGACAGCGUGGUGAGCGGCAACCUCAGCUAUGGCGCGCUCGGGGAAGUCGUCGGGUGGUCGCAGGAGGAGCUCUUCCUGUGGUUCCCGGUGAAGGGCAUCCUCGUCGACGAUCCCGCCUCCGGCGUCAUCCUCUUCGACAUCGGCAUGGCCCACAAGCAGCUUUCCGCGUCGGUCUUCGAGGAUCCGCCGGACUGCCAGCCGGACGCCGAGGCGAUCUCGUCGGAGAAGAGCUAGCUCGACGGCCGGAGGAGAGAUAGAUUCCGGCAGCGUUGACAAUAAUAACUAGAUCCCCCCUACAACUCCAGAAUCUUGUCAGCGUACUCGUCCUUCCACUGCAAUCUUUCAUGUGCCAUUGUUGGAGUAGCAGAAUUCAACGUGGUCUCCUUCUUCCCUUGUCUUCCUUUCCACAUGCGUGAUAGUGUACAAACAAAUUUAAAGCUAGCUCCGUUUGGUUGAAAUAUAUAAAUUUCGUUGGUUUUGCUUGCUUGGCUCA